GGGGGGCACUACAGUACAGGAGAAAGGAGAGUGUGAGAGAGAAAGAGUGGGGCAGAAAAGAGAACGGAUGAUAUAAGGAUGUGGAAGAGUGUGUGUAUAGUGCUAAUGUGCGUUGUGCUGACGCACGCUCAGUUCCCACGUCAGUGUGUGACACCAGAAGGUCUGCGGAGUGGCACCUGCUGCCCAUCACCUACUGGAUUGCCCAAUGAUGAGUGUGGAUCUAGUACUGGUAGAGGUCAAUGUGUGUCAAUCACUGCUGACCGCCGCCCACACGGGCCUCAGUAUCCUCACGAUGGGCGGGAUGAUAGAGAACGAUGGCCACUGAGGUUCUUUAACAGGACCUGCCAAUGUAACGGAAACUUCAGUGGAUUUAACUGUGGGCGAUGCCGACAUGGCCUGACAGGGCCAAACUGUGAUCAAAGAAUCACAGUGGUGCGACGUAACGUCAUGCAGAUGUCUGCAGAUGAGAAAAGAGCCUUUGUGAAUUCUCUGGACCAGGCGAAAAGAACCGUCCAUCCUGACCUGGUCAUCUGUACACGUCGCUAUCAGGAGAUUUUCAGCCCUGAUGGAGCAAGUGUACAGUGUGAGAACAUCACCGUUUAUAAUUACUUUGUCUGGACCCACUACUUUUCGGUCAGCAAGACUUACAUGGGUCCAGGCCAGCAGAGCUUCGGAGGUGUGGAUUUCUCUCACGAAGGACCAGGAUUUGUCACUUGGCACCGGUACCACCUGUUGCAGCUGGAAAGAGACAUGCAGGACAUGCUGGGGGACCCGUCGUUUGCCCUGCCGUACUGGAACUUUGCAAUAGGAGGCAAUGAAUGUGAUAUCUGCACGGAUGACCUGCUGGGAGCCAGAAGCAGCUUUGACACCAAUGGCAUCAGUUCCAACUCUGUGUUCUCUCAGUGGAGAGUCAUCUGUGAGAGUGUGGAGGAGUAUGAGACACUGGGGACCAUCUGCAACAGUACAGAGACGAGUCCGAUCAGAAGAAACCCUGCUGGUAAUGUGGCUCGACCCAUGGUUCAAAGACUUCCAGAACCACAGGAUAUCAUUGACUGUCUAGAGCUGAACACUUUUGACACGCCACCAUAUUACUCGACUUCUUCACAGAGCUUCAGGAACACUAUUGAGGGUUACAGUGCUCCCCAGGGAAACUAUGACCCAGUAGUGAGGAGUCUGCACAACCUGGCUCAUUUGUUUCUCAAUGGCACAGGUGGACAGACUCACCUGUCACCAAACGACCCUAUCUUUGUCCUGCUUCACACAUUUACUGAUGCCAUAUUUGAUGAAUGGCUUCAGAGACACACUGCUGCAGGGACAGUGGUCUAUCCUGAGGAAAACGCUCCAAUUGGACACAACAGAGAGUUUAACAUGGUUCCUUUCUGGCCACCAGUCAGAAAUGCUGAAAUGUUUGUCACCGCCCCAGACAACCUAGGCUACACCUAUGAGGUUCAGUGGCCAACUCGGGCAUACACUAUUUCAGAGAUCAUCACCAUAGCGAUUGUUGCCGUGGUGCUUGUUGUGGCUGUGGUGGGCGGAGUCAUCGGGUGUGCCGUUCGGGCACGUUCUUACCGCUCAGCUGAGGGCCUGGAGCCGCUGCUAGGAGAACAGUUCAGGCGUUACUCAGAGGAUGAGCGCCAUGCUUCUCAGUCCGUGGUGUGAUUGAGAAACUCAAAAUAUGCAUCUUAAACAUUUUUAUUUUGUUGUACUGUGCACUCACAUUGUACUAAAAGCAUCUGAAUUAUGAAUUUUUAGCAUUCAAAAGCAUUGUAAAAGCAUUUGUUGACACAGGGGCUUAAUUUUUGACUAUUUAUUAUCAGAUUUUACAUGUCCAGCGAGACACUGAGAAUACAGUCAUAUGAGCCUAUUAAACAUUUGUAAUGUGUCACAUUGAGUUUAUGCAAUGCUUAUGAAUGCCCUAUGAACACAUAAGUUUAUUGUACAGUGUGACCUGUUUUAUAUUACUCUGAUAUAAAAAAAGUUUUAAAAUUUAAGUUUGAUUUUUGUGUACUGUACUGUCAAUUUUACUAAAUUGUCAGUGCAGACGAUUCAGCAGCAACUGCAAUAGAGACAAAUUUCAAGUGUCAACAUGCAUAAAUACUAAAAAAUAAAAUUUUAGGUACAUUUCAUAUAUGUUGUACUAAAUUAUUUUUAAAAUAAUUUUAACUCCUCCUAGUUACCAUAAAUUGAAAAUAACAUUCCUGAUAGUCUCCAUAUCACAUACACAUGCAGGCUCAAACUAUUAUAUGACAAGAACAAGACAUAAUUUUCUGUAAUGUUCAUUCAAUAAUUAAAAUAAUAAUUAAGAACUAGUUUUGUGUAAGUG